GUACAUGUUCUAACGAAAACAAGUUAGUCUAACUCAAUUUGUCAUCCCAUAUCCGACCUUAAACGAGCAAACGCACCACCCCUCUCUCACAUAAAUCUCAAAUCUGAAUUCUGAAUCAUCGAAAGGGAAGUUUGGGCACAUAGAAGAUAGAAAGAAUGGCUCAACUACAACUAAUGGUACUAAAACUAAGACCAUCCUUUCCAACAAAUCUUUAUCAUCAUCACCCUCAAUUACACCCCAAUUUCCAUGUCCUUCCCGCCAUUUCCCUUUCCUCUAAUUUGUACAAAAAAAAUCCUACUAUUUUUAACUAUAUAUCCACCAAUUCUACUUCUGGGUUUCGCCUCUUUUGCAAGUUCAAUGAUUCUGACUCAAUGUCUCAGCUGGAGCUUGGGAAACAAUAUGGGAGACAAAAACCUGAGAAGAGAGUGAAUGCUGUAUUCUGGAUUAUUCUUCUUAACCUUGCUAUAUUUGUGGCAGAUCACAUUUUUCUGGUUCGAGACAUCAAAGCCCUUUACUUGUUCCACAAUCGUCCUGCUUGGUACCAGUUUGUGACAGCUGCCUUUUGUCAUGCCAAUUGGAAUCAUCUUUCGAGCAAUCUUUUCUUUUUAUAUAUUUUUGGGAAGCUCGUGGAAGAGGAAGAGGGUAGCUUUGCAUUAUGGCUUUCUUAUAUCCUAACAGGUGCUGGCGCAAACCUCGUUUCUUGGUUGGUUCUCCCAAGAAAUGCAGUUUCUGUUGGGGCCUCUGGUGCUGUGUUUGGCUUGUUCGCAAUAAGUGUUCUUGUGAAGAUGUCGAUGGAUUGGAGAAAGAUUCUUGAAGUACUAAUAUUGGGCCAAUUUGUGAUAGAGAAGGUUAUGGAAGCAGCUCAAGCAUCAACUGGUUUGUCUAAUGGCUUCAUUGGAACGUACGCAUUACAGAAUGUCAACCACAUUGCACAUCUGUCGGGUGCUAUGGUUGGGGUACUUUUGGUAUGGUUAGUCAGUAGGGUUCCCUCUGACCCCUCCGAAAAGGAAGGAUUUUCCGACAGGAACAAACGAUAAUUCAACUUCCGAAAGUGCAAUGAAAGCCAGUAUUCAGCACAUUCAGUACCAGGCUCAUAGCUGCUCCUUUUCCUACUGAAUACUGAUUGCUUUAUUUAUCAUAUAAAUAUUUAUAAAUCAUAGUUGUGCUUUUUUGCCUUUGUAGAUCAUAUAUAAAACACACAUACCGCGUUAGGGGUUAUGAAUUAUGAUGUUUGUAGCCUUUAAUCAUAUAUAAGUAUAAAUUAUAUUGCUCAAAAUAGCAUUAAGUUGAGAAUUUAUUAUCAAAACAUGCCUAUGUGUGUAAUAAUUAAUAUUUCAAAUUUUCAUUAUUAGCUUUUA